UCAGCUUAGAUGUAAAUUUAAUAUGUAAAUAAAUAUUAUAUAAAAAUGAAUGGAAUUACUGGACAAUUUCGAAAAACAACAUGGGAUCCAAUACUUAUAAUAUCACAAAUUAUUGCGGUGCAAAGUGUUAUAUAUAGUAUUCUUGGCAUAUGGAUUAUAAUUAUUGCUACUCUAUUAGGUACCACGAAAUCACUAGAUUAUGUCUUCCAAUAUAAAGAAAUUCAUGUUCGUGAUUUUAGUGGAUACCUUGUAAUAAUCAUAUUUAUAUUUAAUUCUAUAAUUGGUUCAAUAGCAUUAUGGUAUUUGGUACAAAGGACAAAGCAAUGCAUGGAUUUUGCAUGUACAGCACAUUUGAUACAUCUUAUUUGCUGUUGGAUAUAUAAUGGUAAUUUUCCAAUAACUUUUAGUUGGUGGUGUUUGAACAUUGUUACUACAAGUAUAAUGUGUGUAUGUGGUGAGUUUUUGUGUAUGAAAACCGAACUUAAAGCAAUUCCUCUUGGCAUGAACAGUCAAAAAACAGCUUUAUAAACUUUUUUUAUAAAUUUUACUGACUUUUUAAAAAAUUUAAUAUUUAUAUAAACAAUA